AUUUCCCACGACGAAAAAGAAAGUGUGGUUUAGAGAGAGAAAGCGAGUAGUGUGGUGUUUUAGAGACAGCAAGAUGUCGAUAUGGUCAGUAGUGGCUCCACACGAUGAGAUGAGAGCAAGAGAUGUUAACAAAGUGGCGAGAGGGGAACAAGCUCCACGCCCAACUCUUGAACUCGGUUCAAUCUCCCAAGCGCCGCCCCCACCGCCCAACCUACCCAAAAAGGUGGAGGAGAUGCGGACUGCGCCGGCCGACUCCGGUUUCCCACCACCAACCAGACCCGCCACAGCUACACUCGGUACAUUGAGUACCACAGCUGAGCCAGAUAUCAAGCAAGUUUUGGAUAAUGAAUAACAAGACAUAUAGCCAUUUUCGCACAUUUGUACAAGGUUUGUAAAAGGGCCUUAAGGCUACUUUUGUGCACUAAAAACUUUCCAUGUCGAAAGGUUAAUGAAUAUCUAAUUUCGUAAUUAUGUUUCCUUGUGCUAAUCCAAUACAUUAUAUCUAGUUACAAGUUAAUUUCCUUUUGUAAGAUAAUAUCUUCAUCUUAGUCUUUAAACUUUAAAGAAAGCAAAGUCUUGUAUGGAUGAUGUUCGCAAGGCCGAGUCGUCACAAUUAGUAUAAGAGCCUGAUUUUCAAUCGAAAAUGUAUCAACGAGGACGCUAGGUCCUGAGGGGGGUGGAUUGUAGCACGAAACUAUUAUUCAUAUUAUUUAAUACAAUACAAACAUAUAAGUAUUAACCCAUAAGGAAUGAUAUUCAAGUAAUUUUACCUUUUAAUC